UCAUCGCUGAGCUCUUGGAAUGGUCUGGGGAAGUGACUUUGAGCUUGUUGUGUCUCCUCGGUCCCACGCUGCGCUGCUUUCCAUACGGGGCGGGGUGCCGCUCAAUCCGGCGCAGAGCGCAGAGCGCACCGUCACCAGCUGCUCUCCCCUCAUCGUCUGCCCGUCUGGCUGGACAACAUGGGUCUGGAGAAGGAGAAAUCGGACACCAGUAUAAUUAUGGACGAAGAUGAGUUCAACAGAUCGAUAGAGCCCAUUCUGCCGAAGAAGGGGAAGGUGUAUACAGCGGCACCGGACCGAGAUCCAAACGAUAUCAACGCACACUUGAAGGUUGGCUUUGAAGAUGUUAUCGCGGAGCCCAUCUCCACACACAGCUUCGACAGAGUGUGGAUAGGAAGCCACGCCGCGUUUGAGCUGGUCAAAUUCAUCUUUUACCGCCUGCUGACCACGCUGCUGGCCGUGCCCAUGGCUUUCAUCCUCGGACUGGUCUUCGGGGUGCUCAGCUGCAUCCACAUCUGGUUGGUGAUGCCUGUGAUCCAGAGCUGCAUGAUGCUCUUACCGUCUGUCCAGGUCGUGUGGAGGAGUCUGACGGACAUGUUCAUAACACCGCUGUUCCACAGCAUGGGAAAGAGCCUGUCCUCUAUUCAAGUUAAAACCACAGAGAACUGAUGUAGACACCUCUCUGUCCCCUGAAGAGACAGAAAUGUAGAGCCAACUGGAGUCCCUGGCAAAAAAGAGUGGUGAUGAUGAUGCUAGUGGAAUACGUACAUGAGUCCUUAUAAAGUCAAAUCUGAAAUCCCAAAUAAUCCCGUAAACGACAACUGUAAAUUAAAAUUGUUUCAGAAUAUGGCCACAAGGGUCUAGUUUGUCAAACAUCUUCAGUAGACAGAGAAAAACACAUCUGGGUUACAUAUAACCACACCGAAACAGCUCUUGUUGUCAACAUCAUUUCACUGACUUUAUUUCAACAUGACUUUUCAUACUGAAGACGUCAUUUAACAGUUGUUUGUAACCUAGAUGCUACAGAAUCUCCCCUUUUUAACCACAUUCAUCCAGGUCUGAGUCUGGAUACCAAGAUUUCAUCUGACCUGCAAAUGAAGAAAUGCAUGCCUGCCCCGUGUGUCACUACAGGGACAUAAGUGAUUACAACAAACAUUUUUAGUGUUUGAGACUUUAUAAGGAGCUCAUGUGCACCACCCAAAAUGGAGUUGUUUUGCUGAUUGUGACCAAAAGAAAUUCUUGUCAUUCCAUUACUUUGUGGCUGAGAGAGAUGUGGAAUCAGCUGGAGGAGUGUAAUACUAUUGUUAAGGCAAACAUACUGCUGACGUGCUAAGAGAUGUAAUAUUUCUGCUUUUUUAUAUAUUGUAUAUAUUGCAAAGAAUUCAGCUGGACGUUGAAUAUUAUGAACUGAAUCAGAGUAGACAGUCAGUGAGAGACAGGUUUAUUUGAAUAUUAAAUGCUAAGAUGCAGCUUGUUGCACAUUUGCAGGGUUAUUUUUACCUGCUGUGUUGAUCUCACGGUGCAUUGGCAAUAGCAUUGGACAUUUGCUUUCCCAUAGAGUUGUUUAACAUGUUACUGAACUAUGUAAAAAAAAAAAAAACAGCAUUGGAUAUCUUCGGAGAGGUAGCUU